AUGGCGACGAGGUUCCUCGCCGUCGUCCUGGCGCUCAGCGUCACGUCGUCGUCGGCGGCGGCGGCGGUGGUGGGGGGCGGGGGCUGGCUGAGAGGGACGGCGACGUUCUACGGCGGGGAGGACGCGUCGGGCACGAUGGGCGGCGCGUGCGGGUACGGGGACCUGUACACGCAGGGGUACGGCGUGUACAACGCGGCGCUGAGCUCGGCGCUGUUCAACGACGGCGCGUCGUGCGGGCAGUGCUACCUCAUCAUGUGCGACGCCUCCCGGACGCCCCAGUGGUGCAAGCCCGGCACCGCCGUGACCAUCACCGCCACCAACCUCUGCCCUGCCAACUGGGCCCUCCCCAACGACAACGGCGGCUGGUGCAACCCUCCCCGCCCCCACUUCGACAUGGCCCAGCCCGCCUGGGAGACCAUCGGCAUCUACCGCGCCGGCAUCGUCCCCAUCCUCUACCAACAGGUGAAGUGCUGGAAGCAGGGAGGGGUGAGGUUCACGAUAUCGGGGUUCAACUACUUCGAGCUGGUGCUGGUCACGAACGUCGGUGGCAGCGGGUCGGUGAAGUCGGUGUCGAUCAAGGGGACGAACACGGGGUGGAUCGCGCUGACGAGGAACUGGGGCGCCAACUGGCAGUGCAACUCGGCGCUCGCCGGCCAGGCGCUCUCCUUCCAGGUCACCUCCACCGGCGGCCAGACGCUGUACAUCGAGGGCGCCGUGCCGGCGUGGUGGGGGUUCGGCAUGACCUUCACCAGCAACCAUCAGUUCGACUACUAG